AUGCAUAAGAUGGAUUUCGAUUCAAGUAAUUAUAUGACCACGGAUAAUAGGACGAAUAAUGACACAGACACAACUGAUCUCAGUUUAAUGGAUCAUGGCAUCAAACGACUUGACGAAAUUCCAUUACGCAAAAAUUUAUUAUCAAUUAAUUUACAUUCGAAUCAAAUAGAGAAAAUAAGUGGAUUAUCAGCAUUAAACAAUCUGAUACAUCUCGAUUUAUCGUCCAAUAAUAUUCUGCGUAUACAAAAUUUAGAAGGUCUAACAUCAUUGAAUACAUUAAAUCUAGCAUCAAAUAAAAUAUGCGUUGUCGAAGGUUUAUUUUCAUUGAAAAAAUUAACGUGGCUCAAUUUGUCCUACAAUAACAUCGAGUAUAUACGAGGAUUUCAAGAUCUAUGGGGGCCACAGUAUAAUCUAUCAAUAUUACAAAUGCAUGGAAAUCAGAUCGAUUCAUUAGACGAGAUAACAAAGAAUUUGAGUGGUUUAAGUCGUUUACAUCAUAUCACAUUUAAUGAAAAUCCUGUUGAAAAAAAUGAUGCCUACAGAGUAACAGUUUUCAAUCGUCUUCACACGUUGAUAACUCUGGAUGGAAUGGAUCGACAUGGAAAAAAAGAUUUCAGUAGUCAAGGUUUACCUGGAAUCGACCAGUAUAUGGGCUUUAUGAAAUCGAAUUCAGAGGGAGAUAGAGAACGUAUGGAUGUGAAUGAUUCGAUAACACAACAAUAUCCGAGAAUUGCCGCUGCUCUCACAGUACUUCGACAUCAUAAGCCAAAUGAAUCGAGCACAACAACGGAUAUUCGCUCAAGUGUUGAUAUGCAUAAUGGCUCAAUAUCUACUUUUGAAAAUGAUACAGUUCAACGAUCAAAAGUCGAUAAUGAUGAGAAUGGGAAUUAUAUGCUACAAACACAGCAUAUAUCUGUUCAACCACGCCAUGCAGCAAACGAAAAGCAAAUAGCAUGUUCACCGUCUACAGAUAAUGAAUCAGAUCAUCACACGGCUAGCGCACGUCGCUCUAAACAGAGAUUAAGUACAAAAACAACAACGCAACGUCGACAUCAACCAUCAAAUACUCAACAAAUGACUGCCGGAGAAUUUAGUAAAAAACCAUCGAAAAAUCAAUAUUCAAAUGUGCAAAGUCGCAUAGUUCCGUCAUCAUCAUCUAAUCGCUCAAAAAAUAUCAGUGAUGUCACAAGUCCAUUUCGAGUUAAUAAUGGUAACGUGGAGAUUGAACGAAAUCAGCGUGAACGAGAUUGUGAUGAAUAUCGUCGAGAAAUAGAUUAUGACGAGACAAGAGAAGUUUAUAUGGCAACCUUGCGAGAUUUGGAUUCUGAACGUGACAAGCGAUGGCGUGCUGAACAAGAAAUCAAACGAUUGAACGAUCUGAUUGAUGAAUGGAAAAAGAGAGCUAGUGAUGGCCGUACUAACGAAAGUAUUUUACAUGAGCUAUCAGAAAAACAUAAGCAACGUUUAAUGGAUGAAAGCUCAAAAUUUCAAGAUUUGACAGGAAUAUUAGAUGAUUACAAGGCUCGUUUAAAAGACACGGAAAAACAAUUAGCGUCGUAUAAAGAAGCACAAGAAAUAAAUUUACGUUUAAUAAAAACUUUAGAAAGUAGUAUCAGUCAGCUGGAAAGUGAAAAAAAUGAAUUACGCAUCACUGAGAAUGAAAAAGGACGUAAUCUCGAACGACGAAGCGGUGCUUUGCAACGUGAAAAUGAAAUAUUACAACAAAAUGCCAAAACAAUGAAAACGCAGCUGAGAGAUUUACAAGAAUUAUGUACAACACGCGAAGCACAACACAAACAAGAAAUUGAAAAAUCUCGUAUUGAUGUGCAAUCAUCUGAAGUUCAACAAUAUUUAAAACAAGAAAUUCAACGUCGUGAAGAUGUUUUUCGUACAGAAUUAGGACAUCAGCAAGAAAAAAUGCAAUCUUUAGCCACAGAAUACAGAAAACUUGAAGAUGAAUUUCGUGAUGCAUUGAAAAUCGAAGAAAAACGAUAUAAAGAAUUAUAUAAUACAAAUGAAGUAUUGAGAAAAGAAAAUGAUGUACUACAAAAUGCAACAACAAGUACAAAACAACGAGAAGAAUCUGAUCGUAAAAUGGUUAACGAUUUAAUGGCUGUAAGAAAUAUUAGAAAUUUAGUUCGUGAACAAAAAGAACGUUUACAAGAACGCUCUAAAGUGAACGAUGUUCUAACUCAACAGAACAAAAAUUUGACAACUAAAUUUGAAAAAGCUGUUGAAGAAUUGAAAAAAAUACGUGAACAAGUGUUAAAUAUGCAAAAAGAUCGUCGAGAAAUCGAGACACGUCUUGUAGCACAAGAAUCUGUUCUGGCUGGUUUACGUGAAGAAAAAAAAUUAUGGAGUCAUGAGUUAGCUCAACAAGCUCAAGAUCGUGGUCGUUUAGAUGCAACAAUUCAAACAUUACAUAGUGAAGUAAAUACAUUAAAAAAACAAUUAGAUAAAGAAGUUGAUACUUGUCGAAUAAAACAGGCAAUAAUUGAAGAUCAAACAGAUACGAUAAGAAAAUUAAAAGAUGGUUUGCUUGAACGAGAUGACACUAUUAAAAAAACACGUGAACAACAAAUUGAUAAACAAAAAGAACUUGAACAACAACUGAAUGAUGAACAAACACUUUAUCAAGAUUUGCAGGAUAAAUAUGAAAAAGCAUGUGAAAAACGUGACGCAACAAAAGAUGAUAUGCACAAUCUUCAACAACAACUAGAUAAAACUAAAGCGGAUUAUAGUGCUCUUAGUCGAAAAUGGAAAGAAAAAUCAGAUUUAAUUACAGAAUUAGAUAAUAAAAUUCGUAAAGCAUCCGAAUCAUAUCAAAUGAAUGAGAAAAAAUUAACUGACGAAAAAACAAGAUUAAUCGAAACGAAUAAAAAUCUCGAAGAUAAACUUCGACAACGAGAUGAUGAUUUUCGUAAACAAUAUGAAUCAAUUGAACAUGGUCAUAGACAAACAAUGAAUCAGAUGCAAAAAAAUUAUGAAGAAAAAUUACAGCAAGCACAAUUUCGAGUUGCUGAAGUUGAAGAAGAAAUGCGUGUAUUAUUACUUGAGACAGAACGUCGUAGAAAAACAUUUGAAGAUCGUAUUAAACAAUUAAAUAGUGUUAUGCAUGAUUUUCAAAAUUUUCAACAAUCGCUCUAG